CCUGCCCAGACAAUCCCCCUGUUAUUUCCAACUUCAACAUCCACCUCCUCUGCAUCCUGUAAAUCGAGUCAUUUUCUCAGCACCAGAAUUGUUCAGGGCACGGCUUCCGAUGGCUGCUUCAGGAUUGAUCGACCCGACAAAGCCUGGCAAAUAUCCAGUCAUUCUCAGCGAUGCUCUGCUGGGAAAGCCCUCCAAGGAGACGUACACCGGCAUUCGAUACAAUCACCGACCAACGCUCUCCUCCGAUACCGCCCCAGAUACAGCACGCCUCAGAAAGUCGGCCAAGGACGAAUCCUACAAUCUCGGCUUCGACGACCAAGGCGACAAGUACCAGUACAAUGGCGUGCGCACCAGCGACGACGGGAACUACGUCCUCAUAUUCGAUCCCACACGCGAAGCCUUUGUCCUCCACCGCGUCGACUCUACCUUCCACAUGAACAUCACUCGCACCCCGACGGAGAGCGACCCAGAGACCCUCCGCAAACAGUUCCCUCCGCUCGAAGUCAAGACCCCCAGCUCGGCCAGGCAACCGAAGGGGAAAGUCGCAGCGAAGGCUAGCGCCAGCAAGGCGGCACCCACAAAAGCCACGGACCGCGAGACCAACGUCGCCGCGGACUCACCCAAGACCAAGGGCAAAAAGUCUGUGGAGUUGACUCUACCAGACGUCAGCGCGCUGGCCACCACACAAAAGAAGGGCGAGCCGCCAUCAGAGUCGGAAAAGAAGUCAAAGCGCCCAGCCUUGUCGCCCGUCGAGUCCGAAGACGAUGACGAAGACGACGACGACGCCGGCGUCCUGGAGGUCGAAUACCCAGAGGGCAAUCCGGCCGCGUUCCGUGGCGUCCUCGAGGUCGAAUACCCCGACGGCAACCCGGCCGCGUUCCGUGGCCCCCUUCCGGCGUCUAUGAACAGACGCUUCUCCGAGUUUGUCAUCAAAAGGCAGUCGGACGAGGAUGAGCGUUUUGACGACACCAGAGCGGCGGGCGGCUACGGAGCCGAGUCGGCGGAGGAGGAGGGCGACGACGAGGGCGGCGAGUACGACGAAGACGACGAAGCUCGCCGCUCACCGAGCCCGCCACGGCUCUCCAGGAUGGAGAACCCACCCGCCGCUGUCGAGCCGGAAGUCUACACUUUCGACGACGGCGAGGAGGAGUCGAAUGCCAACGACGACGAGGCCCUCGAGGCUGAGCUGUCUAAGGCAUUCGAAGAGGCGAUGGAAAAUGGCGGCAAUGACAGUGACGGCUCGGUGAGCGAGGAGGAGUAAGCGUAGCUUCGCGGCAAUCGGAUUGCAUCUCGUCGUCUUUGGAUCUCUUGGGAUAUUUGGCUCGUGGCAUUGGCGGCAUGCGUGACAGGUAUUGGCGUUAGAAGAGAAGGUGUCGGUUCCUGCGUUCUUGGCCACGGUUAAGUCAUUUGCAUUUUCUUCGGAGCAUGGUUGGCGAUAUGAACUGGCAGGCGGGAAUUUGGGACGUGUUGAAGUUUAAGCCUUUGCGGAGAUAAACAGGACAGAAAGUUGUCUUAGAUAUUGCGAGAUCCUCUGCUUGAGAGAAAUGGAUAUUCUGCUUCCUUGUCCGGCAGCUUCAGAU